AGACAGACAGACAGACAGGCGCAGCAGCAGCAGCCAAAGUCAUGGAGGCGAUCUGGCUCUAUCAGUUCCGGCUGAUCGUCAUCGGAGACUCCACGGUGGGUAAGUCGUGUCUGAUCCGGCGCUUCACGGAGGGUCGCUUCGCCCAGGUGUCGGACCCCACCGUCGGCGUGGACUUCUUCUCCCGGCUGGUGGAGAUCGAGCCGGGCAAGAGGAUCAAGCUGCAGAUCUGGGACACCGCAGGUCAGGAGCGCUUCAGGUCCAUUACCAGGGCUUACUACCGCAACUCUGUAGGCGGGCUCCUCCUGUUCGACAUCACCAACCGCCGCUCCUUCCAGAACGUCCACGACUGGCUGGAGGAGGCUCGCAGCCACGUCCAGCCACACAGCAUCGUCUUCCUAUUGGUGGGCCAUAAGUGUGACCUGGAGGCACAGCGCCAGGUGACCCGCCAGGAAGCAGAGAAGCUCGCAGGGGCGUACGGGAUGCGCUACGUCGAGACAUCGGCCCGCGACGCCAUCAACGUGGAGCACGCCUUCACCGAGCUGACCAGAGACAUCUUUGCCCUGGUGCGGUCCGGCGAUAUCACAAUCCAGGAGGGCUGGGAGGGCGUGAAGAGCGGGUUUGUCCCCAACGUGGUUCACUCGUCGGAGGAAGUGACCAAGAGUGACCGCCGCUGUCUGUGUUGAUCUGGGAAGGGAUCUGAAGGUGAAAAGGGAGGAGGGAUCCAGGAAGGACUCAGAGGAGAGUGGCUGACGGACUGAGGUGUCAGCCCUCUGACUGAAACCGUUGGUAGCCCUCUGUUGUUCUUUGUUCAGACUGGAUACAGAAGGAGAUGUUUGAGGACUUUCAAUGAAGGUACAACACGGAGACGAACACCUCGGACGUGGGUGGAUAGGUGAAGGGUUGUGCCCGUUUCUGUAUACGUUUUAUUUCUCGGAAAGGAAGGAUCACAGAUGCUCAUUUACUUGCGAGGGCUCCCAUGACUCAAUUCCUUUAGUUUGGGUUCGGGCUUCUUGCUUGAAAAUCCCUACCUAAACGUCUUAGAAAGGCCUUAGAAAGAGGAUCCAUUCUGGUUCUUCGCCAAAACACAAUGAGACUAAUCUUUCUUUCUCCCAUCAUCUCUUCCUUCACCUCGCCUCCCACUACUUCUUAAUCCUCUCCUCUCC